UCACAUAUUACAAACAUAUCACAAAAAUUGUUGUAGGAGUGAGUGUGUGUUUAUAUUAUUAUUAUUAUAAUUACAUUUUCAAUUUUUCUUUUAUGAGUGAUGGAGAAACAUAAGUGCAAACUUUGUUUCAGAAGUUUCUCUAAUGGAAAAGCUUUAGGUGGACACAUGAGAUCACACAUGAUGAACCUACCAAUUCCACCAAAACAAAACAAUUCACCACCACCACCGCCGCCGAUGAUUCAACUAAGUUUCGAAGCCGAUUCGGGUUCAUCACCAUCAUCCUCUUCAUUUUAUGGUCUAAGAGAGAAUCCGAAGCGAAGCUUCCGAUUCACAGAUCCCAAUCAAAUCAUCGACGGUGGCUCGAUAAUUCUCCAAGAAGAUGGAGAUAGCGAAAUUGAGUCGUCGAAAAAUCCAACCGGUCGACGAUCCAAACGUGUUAAGAAAAUUGAUCCGAUGAAGACCUCAAUACAGAAUAACGAGUCUGUACUGAGUUCUUCAUCGGAUAUAACUACCGAAGAAGACAUAGCUUUUUGUCUCAUGAUGUUGUCUCGCCACAAUAACAACAACAACAACAAUUGGAAAACACAACAUCAAAAUCAUCAAUAUCAAGAACAACAAAAUCAUCAUUAUCAUCAAUAUCAAGAAGAGGAGGAAGAAGAAGAACAACAAUUCAACCAAUAUCUCGAAGAAGAUGAAGAAGAAGACGAAGAUGUCGAGGAAGAAGAAGAAGAAGAAAGUGAAGCUGAAUCUGAGGAAGAAGAAGAAGAACUGAAACCGUUGAAGAAGGUACGAGGAAGAUACAAAUGUGACACGUGUAACAAAGUGUUUCGUUCAUAUCAAGCACUUGGUGGGCAUAGAGCGAGUCACAAGAAGAAUAUGAAAUUACUUGCAGAAAAUGGUGGUGAUUCAAUUUCAAACCACCAUGACCACAAAAAUAAAAUUGAAAACAACAAUGUUAUUGUUAAUCAUAACAAUGUUGAAAAGAGAAUUCAUGAGUGUCCAAUUUGUUUUAGAGAAUUUUCCUCUGGUCAAGCACUUGGUGGACAUAAGAGAACACAUGGUAUUGGAAUUGGAAAUGGAAUUGGAUCAUCAGCACCAGCACCAGCACCAGCACCGGCACCACCAGCAGUAGCAACAACAGCGACGGCGGUUACAACAACAAAUGUUCCAACAACCUCAACAGUAAAUGUUGAGGUUGUUCGAAGAAGUACCGCGAAUUUCGGAGAUAAUUUGAUAGAUCUAAAUCUUCCUGCUGAUAUGGAUGAAGAUGAUGAUGGUGAUGAUGUUAGCCAAAUUGAAGGCUCUGCUGUUUCCGAUGCUGAAUUUGUCAAACCUUAAAGUUGGAAAAGGAAAUGAAGAAUUCAUUUUUUUUUAUUUAGUUUGAUGAAUCCAAAGGUACAAAAUUUUGGUCCUGUCAUUGUUUUAUUCUCAAAACAAUUUUAGAUUUUCUAAUUGCUCAGCAAAUUGGGUUAUAUUGUUACUUUACUUUACUCCAUAGUUCAUACUUUUUUGUUUUAAUAAUAAUUUUAUAUUAUAAUAACAAUUAUUCUUAGACUCUAA